GGUUGCUCCAAGAUAUUUCCUCUGUCUCCUCGUUGGCAGGUAAACAAAAGGAGAAUUCGAAAGGAGGGGGACUCUAUCGAGUCGUUCGGUGGUGGAUCGAGUCUCUGGUACACGUGUGCCAGCAGGGGGGUUGGUUUGCCGAUCGAUCGCCGGGGGUACAAGUGGUUCCUUGGCUGAAAGCUGCGGAACGUGUUGUUCGCGCGUGAACGAACGAAUUGACGCUGGCUGAUCCUUGGUUGAUCGCUGGAUGACGAGAUUCCCUCUGGCUCGUUCGGGGAGACCGCCCCGGACAUCUGAGGAUCAACCUUCGAGAGGUGAAACCAGGAGGUUGGAGCCGGACGUUUCUUCUCCGAGAGACGGUGGCUCAGGGGGAGAAGUUUGAAGAUGCUCGAGGAAACGAUGGGCGAAACUAGGAUCACUCUCGGCGAAGUGGCAUUGACGUACGAAGGCGAUCGGAUAAUUUCAGCAUCGCCGUUAUCCAAGAGUCGUCGCGUAUCUAAGAAUCGUCUCAGGACUGCCUUGAACAAAAUGUAAAUAGAAGACGUUUCCGGAAACGGAAAUCUGAAACAAUCUACAAAACAGAGGGCCUAAGUCGAAGUCCUAAUCGACCUAAGAUUUUUCUACUACGGUGUGCCUGAAGGGACAAGCGGCAACCUCUCAUAAUACUUCUUCCGGGCAAGCUGACAAACGCGUAGAGAGGCUCGUAGAAACUGUCCCCAAAUGUCGACAAAUCGACUUUAAAGACACGCUAGUCCGACUAGUGACGACACUCGCGAAAGUGACGAAGAAACGAAGCAUAAAAUGCUUGGAUCUUCGAGCGAACAGCAGCAGGUAGCAUCACGCGGCUAGAGUAGAGUUAGCGUCUAAAGACGGCUAAAAUGAGCCAGCCUCUCGUUCAGAUGCUGGUCCUGCUGGUAUCGCUGCACCAGCUGUCGGUGGUGAGCCAGUCGAAGGCGCACAGCGAGCGGGAAGCGGUGCUGAUCCCCGGCGAUAUUGUUCUCGGUGGUCUGUUUCCAGUACACGAGAAGGGCGGCGCCUCUUGCGGGCCGAACGUCUACAAUCGAGGCGUCCAGCGUCUCGAGGCGAUGUUGUUCGCCGUGGACCAGAUCAACAGGGACAAGAAGAUACUACCGGGCAUCACGCUCGGCGUGCACAUCCUUGACACCUGUGGCAGGGACACGUACGCGCUCAACCAGAGCCUCCACUUCGUCCGGGCGUCCCUGUCCAAUUUGGACAUCACGGUGCUCGAGUGCGCGGACAAGUCGGUGCCGAGGGUGAAGAAGACGGUCAGCGCCGGGCCGAUCUUCGGCGUGAUCGGCGGUUCCUACAGCUCGGUGUCGUUGCAGGUGGCGAAUUUACUCAGGCUGUUUCACAUACCGCAGAUCUCGCCCGCCUCCACCGCCAAAGCGCUCAGCGACAAGACUAGAUUCGACUAUUUCGCGAGGACGGUGCCCCCGGACACGUUCCAGUCGAUCGCGCUGGUCGACGUGGUGAAGAGCGCGAAUUGGUCGUACGUCUCGACGGUCUACUCCGAGGGCAGCUACGGGGAAUACGGUAUCGAGGUGUUCACCAGGGAAGCCACCGAGCGGAACGUGUGCAUCGCGGCGGCGGUGAAAGUGCCCAGCGCCGCGGACGACCGAGUGUUCGACGACAUCAUCCAAAGGCUGAGUAAGAAGCCGAACGCGAGGGCCGUGAUCCUGUUCACCCGCGCGGAGGACGCCCGAGGGAUCCUGGAGGCUGCCAGAAGGUGCAACAUGAGCCAGCCGUUUCAGUGGCUGGCGAGUGACGGCUGGGGCCGUCAGAUCAAGCUCGUCGAGGGCCUCGAGGACGAGGCGGAAGGCGCGAUCACGGUGGAGCUCCAGUCGGAGAACAUACCGGGCUUCGACGAGUACAUGGCCUCGUUGACGCCGGAGUCCAAUCGUCGUAACCCUUGGUUCAGCGAGUACUGGGAGGAAGCGUUCGGCUGCGUCCUCAGGAAAAACGUCGUCGGUAAAAACAGCACCGUGUGCCCGGCGAAGCUCAGACUGACACCGGAGACUGGAUACGAGCAGGAGUCGAAGGUCCAAUUCGUGGUGGACGCGGUGUACGCGUUCGCUCUGGCGCUGCACAAUCUUCAGAGGGACGUGUGCACGAAAACCGAAGGCCUCUGCCCAACGAUGGCCAACUACGACCGUGGCAUGUUCUACAGGAACUACCUGCUGAACGUGUCCUUCACAGACACCGCUGGCAGCGAGGUGAAGUUCGACGAGCACGGGGACGGGUUGGCGCGCUACGAGAUCCUCAACUUCCGAAAAUCGGACAACAACGGGACUAAUGGAUAUCACUAUCGGGUGGUAGGAAAAUGGUUCAACUCGUUGGACAUUCAGACGGAGGAGCUGAUCUGGGCACGAGGCACCAAGGACAUACCGAUCUCCGCGUGCUCGCUACCCUGCCAGCCAGGUAUGAUAAAGAAGCAACAGGGUGACACUUGUUGCUGGGUGUGCGACCAGUGCGAGGAGUACGAGUACGUCUACGACGAGUACACCUGCGUGGACUGCGGCCCGGGGAAAUGGCCGCACGGCGACAAGAGGGGCUGCUACGAGCUGCCGAUCAAUCACAUCAGGUGGGACAGCGCGUUCGCGAUCGCCCCGGCGGUGAUCUCGUGCCUUGGAAUCGUGGCCACACUGGCGGUCGCGUGUCUCCUAUUCCACCAUAGGGACACGCCGGUGGUCAGGGCCUCGGGACGCGAGCUGACGAUCAUUCUGCUGGCCGGAGUGCUCGUCUGUUACUUGAACACGUUCCUGCUGCUGGCAACGCCCACCACCGUCACCUGCAUACUGCAGAGAUUCGGCGUUGGGGUGAGUUUCAGCGCGGUUUACGGGGCACUGUUGACCAAGACGAACCGGAUCGCCAGGAUCUUCGACUCUGCCUCGAGGACCGCUGUUAGGCCAAGGUAUAUCAGUCCUGCGUCUCAAGUCUGCAUCGCGGCCGCCCUGAUCGCGUUGCAGGUAGUUUUGACCCUAGUGUGGAUGAUCAUCGAACCACCGGGGACGAGGUUCUCCUAUCCAGACCGGAAGCAGGUGAUCCUCAAGUGCAACAUACAGGACAUGAGUUUCCUCUUCUCUCAGCUGUACAACGCGUUGCUGAUCCUGAUCUCGACGGUGUACGCGGUGAAGACGCGGAAAAUACCGGAGAACUUCAACGAGAGCAAGUUCAUCGGCUUCACCAUGUACACCACCUGCAUCAUCUGGCUGGCGUUCGUGCCGAUUUACUUCGGGACCGGAAACGCGCAUGAGACCCAGAUCACCACGCUCUGCGUGGCAAUCAGCCUGAGCGCCACGGUGACGCUCGUUUGCCUGUACUCGCCUAAGGUGUACAUCAUCGUCUUUCAACCGGACAAGAACAUCCGCAGGAAGGUCACGAUGGGUGACAAGUCGAAGAAGCAAGGGAGCAGCGCGGGCACUUCCUCCAUUACCAAAUACACGGGAUGCGAGCUGACCAGCGAGAGCAUGCCUCUUCAGAGCGCGCUGACGGCCGCGGUGCAGACGUCCGUCGGCGUGACGGAGAUCUCCCUGACGUCGAACACAUCGGGCAAAACUAAUAACGAGCAAGUAGCGCAGCUGUAGAGGAGACGUACCGUAUCGCGGGCUCUGUAAUUCAGAUUUGAGGGAACGCGGCGCCCUGGCGGCCGGCCAACCGAUAGAGAGCCCCCCCUCCCCCCUCCCCCCUCCCCCAUCACCCACCCACCGCCGCCCACCGAGCCAGCUGAGGAAGGACCGCGACGCGAGUGAACAGCGCGAAUCCACGCUAAUAAAAAGGGGAUAUUAUUACCGAGUCUGCAAGUGCGGCGGAAAAACGGUUCUGCACCUCUGUCAGAGGAGAGCAGCCGUGGAAAAAAAAGGGGGCGAAAAGCGAAGAAUGUGUGUACAUGUGCAUACGUGUGUGUGUGUGUGUGUGUAUGUCUGUGUAUGUCUGUGUGACAAGAGGAAAAUCACUAGAGCCAGCUUAACGAAGGCACUUCCGGUUCUUUCUUCUGUGCACGCUCUGCCGGUUCCUACGAAUACGCCUUCUUCGAUCUUCUUCGAUCCUCUUCGGCGUUCGUGAGCAAGCCAUCACUUCCUUCAACUCGUCGCACGCGACUAAAAGUCAAACGACGUCCAAGGCGAUCCCCCCUGAAGGAGCGAGGAUCACGACGACGAGAGAGGAAAGGACGAGAGGAAGGGCUGGUGAUGUACAUACGUACACCGUACGCACGCUCGAGCCUGGGCUGGCACGAGCUUGAAUAACGAACCGUGUCCAGGGGAAGAGAUCGAACGGACCGGAAGUCGGCAUCGAUCCAGUCAGAGAGAGGAAUUGAGGCACGGGGGAAAAAAAAAGCAUUCGGCCGAGCCGGGGGGGGGGGGGGGUUUUUUCCCCAACCAUCAUCUCAUCCACCGGACGAGUGAAUUUUCCAACGUUUGUAUUGUUUAUUGAUUUAACAAGCUGGCUAAUUGGCGUGCUCGGCCACGCGUGAACGAUUAAUAAUGGACACGGCUGAAUGGAGGGAAGGGGGGAGGGGAUAUUUAGGUGAGUGUUCAGCCGAGGUCGUGCUGGUGAUUCGUCGAAGUGCGUGAACGUAACUCACGAACGUAAAAAAAAAAGGGUGGCUCUUGCCAGGAGCCAUACUCCGCCGGAAGUGGUACUGCGCUCACACGCAUUAUGUAAUUAGCUUGUUCUCGAGUGAUCGACGUUCAUUGUUCACUCCUCCCACGUAGAUCGUUGACGAAAUAAAGGAGAAAAUAUUUACAUUCCGCGAAAUGUGUAUAUAUUAUACACACAUUGCCAUCGCCAUUCGAUCACCACAUACUGCCAUCUAGAUUUACGUCAAUUCUUAUUACACGUAGCGAAAAAUGUUUCAAAUUAAGUUGAAUGGUCUCGAGAGGUGCGCAUUUUGAUGAUACUAGUUUUCUUGCAGGUGGACGUGUAGAGGACAUAUGAAGGUCAUUAACGUUUUUUUUUUUUCCUAAAU